AUGGAGGAAUACAAUCAUUUGAAUGAGAACAGUGCAGGCAGAGGGAGUUUCUUGUAUGCAUCUCCUGUUCUUGCACCGCCCAAUUCAUCUUCUUCUUCGCCGUUAUUUGGAAGGUCAACUAAUAACAGUAGCUCUGAUAAUCAACAGACCCAGAUGCCACCUCUUACCAGUUUUCACCUCCAAUCCGAGGCUCAUCCCGUUGUGAAAACUGAAGCAGCUAGCACAUCGCAGAAAUUUCACUACCCACUGUUGAGAACUGAGCACCAGACGAUGAAUCAUCAUCAAGAGGGAAAUGACAGCAGCAGCUCGAACGAAGUUGAAGCUAUCAAAGCAAAGAUCAUAGCUCAUCCUCAGUAUUCCAACCUUCUACAAGCUUACAUGGAUUGUCAAAAGGUAGGAGCUCCACCUGAAGUGGUAGCUAGGCUCACAGCUGCUCGUCAGGAGUUCGAGUCAAGGCAGCGAUCUUCAAUGGCGUCAAGAGAUUCCUCAAAAGACCCUGAACUCGAUCAGUUCAUGGAAGCUUACUAUGACAUGCUAGUGAAAUACCGGGAAGAGUUAACCAGGCCGAUACAAGAAGCCAUGGACUUCAUGCGGAAGAUCGAAACGCAGCUCAAUAUUUUAACCAAUGGUUCCGUUCGCGUCUUCAACUCUGUGCCUCUAUCAACUGUGCCUUCUCCAAUACCAUCUGAUAUAAAAUCUGGGAAAUACUCUGCAUUGAAAGCUUCUAGGAAGACUUCUCAGGUGAUUGGUGGGACUAAGGCCCCCUUUUUCAAUUUUCACCAGCGUUCAUCGGACCCUCUUAACAUGAAUGUAGCCAGCUGUACUCUCUGUUCUGUAGUCACCGUCAUCACCUCGAAUAACUUUUCUGUCUCCUUUAUCCAAUCCUCAGCCACCAGUGGGUCAAACCCCCCAUUGAAAGCAGGAGGGUUCAACCUUCGGUAUUUCUCAAUAUUGCUCGUAUCCAUCACUCCUAUGGAAACCCCUUGUUGUGGCACCGAUGCUGCCUCUGACCGCAACUCUCUAUCUCUAAUCACGGUAGCUAGGCUUUCAACCACUCUGCACAGCCGGUUAAAGUCUUCCUGUUGUACGCCGGACUGCGCUGUAUGGGUUGCCGAUGGACUAGCAGCGUGUCUGGGCUGUACGGGAAGGGCACAGUGUGACACCGGGGUGGCCCGUGAAAUGCAGCGAGUGGUACAUGGUGAAAUCCCGGGGCUCGUCGUGGGGCCCCUGGGGUGGGCUCACGACAGGGUCGACCCCUACCCUUCUUCGUCACCUCCCUCGACUCACCUGCAUAAUAGUGGCACCCAUCAUUAG